AUGGAGAAGCACAAGGCCGGGAACGCCCUCUCGCACAACCGACGGCAAAAGGCCGGCGCCUCCCUCCCACGACGGUCGAUGAUGCUGCCGGCCGAGUCCGCCGGCUCGGCAGCUGACCCCGUACUCCACGAGGGGCCGUCGUCCCUUCUUCUCAUCGACGACAUCCGCGCGAUUCAAAACAUGCUGCCCGCUCGAGAGCGAAGCUGCGACUGGAAGCUCGUCUACAGUUCCGACAAGCACGGCGUGUCACUCAACACGUUCUACACCCGCGCACGCAACAAGGGACCGACGGUGAUGAUCGUCGAAGAUUCAAUGCACCACCUCUACCCGAAGAAGGCAUUCUAUCUGUGGACGGGAGCCAACAACUUCGUCCAGCUCUCGGGCGAGGACUUCCUCUCCGUGGGCGGAGGAAGCGGGACGAUGGGCUUGUGGCUCAACGACGACUUCAGCGGGGGCAGCUCCCAGACGGAGGAGUUCAGCGUACUCUCCGUGGAGGUGUGGGGCUUCGUGGCGUCGGAAUGA